AUGAUGGAUAUGCAAACAUUAUCUCAUAGUUCUACACCAAGUAAUUCUGUUUCUGAAAAUCUUAAUGCUGAUACAUCAGAAAAUGGAAGCCCAGAUCCAGAACUUGUUAAACAAUUAAAACAAUGGAUUAAAGAUUUACAUGAACCAACAAAACGUGAAGCAGCUUUACAUAAUUUAAGCAAACUUAGUUCUAAACGAGAAGAAUUUCCAGAUUUAGCUGUAUGGCUUUGGAAUUCUUAUGGUACGAUGACUAUUCUUUUAACUGAAAUAUUACUUGUUGCGCCAUAUAUUCAUCCACCAAGAUUGACAAAUCAAAUGUCAACAUCAGUUUGUAAUACAUUAGCACUCCUUCAAUGUAUUGCAUCUCAUAAAGACACUCGGUUGCAAAUGCUUCACUCAAAUUUACAUAUGUUUCUUUAUUCUUUUUUACAUACAACAAAAACAGAGAGACCAUAUGAGUAUGUUCGAUUAACUUCACUAGGAGUUAUUGGUGCUUUAGUUAGAAGUGAAGAUAAAGAUGUAAUUGCAUUACUUUUACAAACUGAAAUUGUUCCAUUAUGUCUUCGUAUUAUGGAAUCAGGAUCUGACCUUUCAAAGACUGUUGCAUCUUUUAUUCUUCAAAAAAUUUUAACAUUAGACACUGGUUUAAAUUAUAUUUGUCAAACAUAUGAACGUUUUAAUCAUGUUGCUAAAAUACUCAAGAAAUCAGUUGAAAAUAUUGCCAGUCAAAGAAAUUCACAAACUUCAAGAUUAUUUAAACAAGUUGUUAGAUGUUAUAGUCGUUUAUCUUAUAAUGCUAAAGCUGUUCAUGGUUUAUUGGAAGUUUUACCUGAUCAACUUAAAGAUGAUACAUUUAAGACAGAAAUUGAUGGAGAUCCACAAUUAAAGGAGGCUUGGACAUGUUUGAAAGAUAACUUAGAAAAAGCAGGAAAAAUUACACGUCCAUUUGUUCGUGAACCAGCAAAUAUGUAA